UGAUGAGGGGGGACAAAUAUAAUUACAGGCUCCAACCAACCAUUUAAAGAAAGUUUUCUUUUUAUAACCAUUAAAUGAUAAAUAAAUAAAAAUUAACAUCGUUCUUAUCACUACGUUGUUAUCAUUCGUGUGAAAGCUUGCAGGCAGCUUUUGACAUUCUUUUCUCCCUCCAUCUUCACCUGGAGAACCAAUCUUUUAAGGCCUUGGAUUUGAUUGAAAUCAGAUUUCAAUUCAAUUCAUUCCCAACGUUUCACUGAUAGCUUGGUGGAGACAGGAUUUGUUGGAUGUUUUUUUGUUAUUAUUGAAGCAAUGAGCCGAUUUUCAGAGCUGAAGCAUGCUGCCUCAGGUAAAAGAAGAUUAAAAGAUUUAUUGCUCCAAAGUGAUAAUCGCUUUUGUGCUGAUUGUGGUGCUCCCGAUCCUAAGUGGGCAUCAGCAAAUAUUGGGGUUUUCAUAUGCUUAAAAUGCUGUGGGGUACACAGAAGCCUUGGCACACAUAUCUCAAAGGUUUUAUCUGUGACGUUGGAUGAAUGGUCUGAUGAUGAAAUUGAUUCCAUGACUGAAGUUGGAGGAAACUCAUCUGCUAAUGCAAUUUAUGAGGCCUUUUUACCUGAAGGAGUUUCAAAGCCAGGACCAGAUUCCAGUCAUGAGGAGCGUAUGAGGUUCAUCAGGUCAAAGUAUGAGCUUCAAGAGUUUUUGAAACCUAGUUUGCGGAUUACAUCAGGGAAGACUUCCUCAUCUUCUCUCAAGUCAAGUUUUUCCACGAAGCUCUUUGAUAGUUUUCGAAUUCCGAGUGUAUCAAAGAAUUCGGAAGGCAUGGUAGAAUUUAUUGGAUUAGUGAAGGUUAAAGUUAAAAAAGGUACAAAUUUAGCUAUCAGAGAUAUGUUGUCAAGUGAUCCCUACGUGAUCCUUACUCUUGGGAAACAGACUGUUCAAACCACUGUGAUGAAGAGCAACUUGAAUCCAGUCUGGAAUGAAGAACUCAUGCUAUCUGUUCCACAGGAUUUUGGGCCCAUAAAGUUGAGUGUUUUCGAUCAUGACACAUUUUCGGCUGAUGAUAUAAUGGGGGAAGCAGAGAUUGACAUCCAGCCGUUGAUAACAUCAGCAAUGGCAUUUGGGGACCCGGAAAUGUUUGGAAAUAUGCAGAUUGGGAAAUGGCUGAAAUCACAUGACAAUGCCCUUGUUGUUGAUAGCAUCAUAAACAUUGUUGAUGGGAAGGUGAUGCAGGAGAUCUCAUUGAAGCUUCAGAAUGUUGAGUGUGGUGAACUAGAAGUAGAACUAGAGUGGAUGCCUCUUGACCAGUAAGUAGAAAUUUUAAAUCACCCUUCCAUUUCAAUAAAAACCUGCACUAUCGAUUCCAUUAUUUAAUAUGGAAUGACUGCAUAUUUAACUUCUUUCAAUUUUAUUCCUUGAUUCUUGCCCUUGUUUUUUACCCUCUUACAUCUCCUAAGAGGCAACAGCUUAUUCGUUAACUCUGACAAUUUGCAGUGUAUAAAUUAUGUUUGUUUCAAAAAUUGAGGGAGCAACAUGUACAAAAGAAAACUCAGUGCUCAUACAUACAUACAUACAUAUUUGUAAUUUAUCUUUGGAUUUGAAGUUGGAAGCAUUUUAUCUUCAA